CCUCGUUUUCGCUUUCAGCCGAGGAGGCGCGAAGAGCGGAGCCGAAGCAGCGAGCCUUGCGGGCACUUAAGUUCCUUCUCUUCUUCUUCCUCCUCCUUUUCCUCCUCCUGUUGAUCUUGACGACGGCAAAGCAGCCUCUUCCGACCCCCUCCGCGUUGACAUGGCGCUCCUCUGACGAGGACGCUUUCUCUCUCUCUCUUUCUCUCGCUUUCUUUAUUUCUUUGGAGGGUUCCCUUUUUUUACUUUGAAAAAAAAAAGUAUACAGUAUCCGCGUUUGCCACACGGACGGAGCCCCUUCUCGCAUCGGCCCUCCUCCUCCUCCUCUUUUCCUCGGCCGAGACUUGCUUCCACGACGAAGGAUACCGGUCCGGACCUUGAGCUGUCAAGAUGGCAGAUGAGAGUGCAUACCUCGUGGAAAUGGGAGACCCUCAGGUGUAUGCAGUGGACCACUACUCUAUGGGGAUUAAUCAGAUGUUCAGUAGCUCAACCAUGAUUACUCCUGAUUUACCAUUCCGCACAGCUGAUGGGCCAUAUCUUCAAAUUGUUGAGCAGCCUAAGCAGAGGGGGUUUCGUUUCCGCUAUGUUUGUGAAGGACCAUCACACGGUGGACUUCCUGGAGCAUCAAGUGAAAAAAACAAAAAGUCAUAUCCCCAAGUUAAAAUCUGCAAUUACACAGGGCCUGCAAAAGUAAUUGUACAGUUAGUCACAAAUGGAAAACAUGUUCACCUGCAUGCACACAGCUUGGUGGGGAAACACUGUGAGCAGGGAGUAUGCACUGUUAAUGCAGGACCAAAAGACAUGGUGGUAGGGUUUCCAAACUUGGGAAUAUUGCAUGUUACAAAGAAGAGAGUCUUAGAUACACUGGAAGCACGCAUGAUUGAUGCUUGUAAAAAAGGGUAUAAUCCAGGACUCUUAAUACACCCUGAUCUAAACUAUAUACAAGCAGAAGGUGGAGGGGAGAGACAAUUAACAGAACGAGAACGGGAAAUCAUUCACCAGGCAGCACUUCAGCAGACAAAGGAAAUGGACCUCAGUGUUGUAAAACUAAUGUUCACAGCAUUCCUUCCUGACAGCACUGGCAGUUUUACAAGAAGACUUCAGCCUGUCUUGUCAGAUCCUAUAUAUGAUAGCAAAGCCCCCAAUGCAUCCAACUUAAAAAUUGUACGAAUGGAUCGGACAGCAGGCUGUGUGACCGGAGGAGAAGAGAUUUACCUUCUUUGCGACAAGGUUCAGAAAGAUGAUAUUCAGAUCCGCUUUUAUGAAGAAGAUGAAAAUGGUGGUUUCUGGGAAGGGUUCGGAGACUUCUCACCUACCGAUGUACAUAGGCAGUUUGCCAUUGUAUUCAAAACACCAAAGUACCGAGAUGUCAAUAUCAUCAAACCAGCAUCUGUUUUUGUACAGCUACGGCGAAAGUCAGAUCUGGAGACAAGCGAGCCAAAACCUUUCUUAUACUAUCCUGAAAUCAAAGAUAAAGAAGAAGUGCAAAGAAAACGACAGAAGCUUAUGCCAAACUUCUCUGACAGUUAUGGAGGAAGUGGUGCAGGUGCUGGAGGAGGUGGAAUGUAUGGUGGUGGAGGAGGAGGUGGUGCUGGUGCUGGUGCUGGAUCAGGGUAUGGAUACUCACCAUAUGGUUUUCCUGGUUAUGGAGCAAUGCACUUCCAUUCAAACGCAAACAAAGCUGGGGCUGGAAUGAAACACGGAUUCACAAAUGAUUUGCCUAAAAAAGAUGAUGAAAACUGCUGUAACAAAAAACACAAUGUGAAAUUCAAGGAGAAAGAAGAAAUUAAAGAAGAAAGCAUUUCCACCAUUGACUCAGCUCUUGAGACGGAAAAAGCCAUUUUGUCACAUACAGAUGCAACAAACAUUCAUUUACAAGAUGCUUUCUUUUUGGAGAAGGCCAUGGAGCUUGCAAAGCGUCAUGCCAAUGCCUUGUUUGACUAUGCAGUCACCGGAGAUGUAAAGAUGCUACUGGCUGUACAGCGCCACCUCACAGCUGCCCAGGAUGAAAAUGGUGACAAUGUCCUUCACUUAGCUAUCAUCCAUCUUCACAAGGAACUGGUGAGAAACCUCUUAGACGUGAUAGCAGAUUUCAACACUGCUGAUGUUCUCAAUUCAAGGAAUGACCUUUACCAGACCCCAUUACACUUGGCUGCCAUCACAAAACAAGCAGAAGUGGUGAAGGACUUGCUCAGAGCUGGGGCAGAUAUGAGCCUUGUGGAUCGCCAUGGCAAUUCAGUCUUGCACUUAGCAGCUAAACAAGGGGAUGAGAAGGUGUUAAAAGUAAUACUUAACCACAAAGAGGCAUCUCUGAUUAAAGAUCUUCCUGAUGGGGAAGGCCUGGCUGCCAUCCACUUAGCUGUGAUGGCAAACAGUGUGUCUUGUCUCAGACUUCUCAUUUCUGCUGGGGCAGAUAUCAAUGCCCAGGAACAAAAAUCUGGGAGAACUGCCUUGCAUCUGGCUGUUGAACAAGGAAAUGUCUCCUUGACAGGCUGCCUUCUGCUUGAGGGGGAUGCAUUUGUGGACAGCACUACAUAUGAUGGAACGACUCCACUUCAUAUAGCAGCUGGAAGAGGCUCAACAAAACUGACAGCUCUGCUAAAAGCAGCAGGUGCAGAUCCCCAUAUAGAGAACUUUGAACCUUUGUUUGAACAAGAAGAUAUGAAAGACAGAGACUGUGAAGAUGAAGGGAUUGUACCUGGAACAACACCUUUGGACAUGGCAACAAGCUGGGAGGUAUAUGACAUCUUGAAUGGCAAAUCCUCUAAGUCAGAGGCAGCUUCUGAUGACCUAUUGACUCAAGGAAACAUGAAAGAGCUGAGUGAAGAUGUGAAAUUGCAGCUUUACAAGUUGCUUGAUGUGCCUGAUCUUAACAAAAAUUGGUCCAUGCUGGCACAAAAGGUGGGCCUAGGAAUAUUAAACAAUGCUUUCCGGUUGAGUCCUUCUCCAUCAAAAACUCUACUGGACAAUUAUGAGGUUUCUGGUGGUACAAUAAAAGAGCUUGUUGGUGCUUUGAAAGAAAUGGACUAUCCAGAGGCUGUUGAAAUAAUUCAAAAAGCAUUAUCCAUUUCAACAAGCCAGUCCAGCCAAGAGAAAAUAAAAGAUGCCCCACCUCCCUUGCAGGAACUACCUGUGUCUCCCAUGCAAAAACAAUCAGCCGGUGAGCUCUGCAAUCUCCGACUCCAGGACACCGAAAGCAUGUGCGACAGUGGGGUAGAGAUCUCCCUCCGAAAACUUAGCUUUACGUAUUCAGAGUCUUUCACCAAUAAGUCACCAAUAACGUUGAAGAAACUGCCCACGGGAUAUGGACAAGAUGACCUGCUACAAGGAAAAAUCGAAGCCACCUAAGAGGUGCAAAUUCGUGAUGGGAAAAAAGCAGCUAGCAAUCCAAAGGGCACUAGAAGAAGCAGUUCUUGGAAAGGUACAGUCACAGGGACUUUCAGCAAACCCCAGUUGUAUCCCUAUACAAUGGGAUAGCUCAGGAAAAGAUUGUAUGAACUUUAUUAUUUUCUUAAGACUUUCAUCUGCAAAUGAAAUUAACUCCCCUCUUGUUCAGUGAAAACUGUGUUAAGAGGACAUUGAUAAUGGGCCGAAAUUGUGAAGCACAAAUAUGUCACAAACCAUGACGAGGGUAGAUGCUUAAGCCAAGAAAGUAUAAUGUAUAUUUCAAUAAUUGUAUUUAAAAUUUCAUUUGGUGUCUAUAAAAUCAUUCAAGCUUCAAACUGUUUUCCCUUACUGUUUCACCAUAUUCAUACUGUAAAUAUUUCAGCUUCAAUGACUUAUUCUUGAGAACAUAAACUGUGCUUUUUAAAUGCUUGGGGGUUUUUUAUUUUACUUUUCUAAUAAAAAGCAAAAUUGAAAUCA